GCAACUCCGGGGUGCGCCUGGACGGCUACGCCCGCCUGGUCCAGCACACCGUCCUGUGCCACCAGAAUGCCUGUUCCAAAGCCUCUUGACUUUGUCUGAUCCAAAGCACUUGGGAUCAGCUUUUGUCCUACGUUGGAAGUGCCUCUGUUUAGUCCCUGUGGUUCCGGUUAUAGCGUAGGGUUCAGAAACCUUUUGAGAAUGGCAGACUGAAAGAACACAGAUUGGUUUAAGGUGGGCUGCCACUGCCUCUUAUCCCUACCAUUGAAUUGCUGCUGAUGAUCGUGGGCCGAACGAAAUGACUUGGUGGGUCCUGACCCAGCCUGUGAACUCUUGGUUACUGAUCCCUGAUACAGCAAUUAGAAAAGGGAGGACUGGAAAGGUUUUACUUACAUUAAUGGAUGUAGAGAUCACAAACCCUGUGUGAGGUAUAUUAGAAUCCAGUUACAGGACUGCUUUCAGCCAGCGUUGAUCACAAAGAUGCUUGGGUCCGGGACAACAUCUACAGUAUUCUGGCUGUGUGGGGCCUGGGAAUGGCUUAUCGGAAGAAUGCAGACCGGGAUGAGGAUAAAGCCAAAGCCUAUGAACUUGAGCAGAAUGUUGUGAAACUGAUGCGGGGACUUUUGCAGUGUAUGAUGAGACAGGUGGACAAAGUAGAGAAAUUCAAACACACACAGAGUACCAAGGACUGCUUGCAUGCCAAAUAUAACUCAGCCACUUGUGCCACAGUGGUUGGGGAUGACCAAUGGGGACAUCUACAGGUAGAUGCAACUUCCCUUUUCCUGCUCUUCCUAGCACAGAUGACUGCAUCAGGGUUGCGGAUUAUAUUCACCCUUGAUGAGGUUGCGUUCAUACAGAAUCUUGUUUUUUACAUUGAGGCAGCUUACAAAGUAGCUGAUUAUGGAAUGUGGGAACGUGGGGAUAAAACCAACCAGGGGAUCCCAGAACUGAAUGCAAGCUCUGUGGGAAUGGCCAAAGCAGCACUGGAAGCAAUUGAUGAACUAGAUCUUUUUGGAGCUCAUGGAGGGCACAAGUCAGUGAUCCACGUCCUUCCUGAUGAAGUUGAACACUGCCAGUCUAUUCUAUAUUCCAUGUUGCCAAGAGCUUCCACAUCAAAGGAGAUUGAUGCUGGGCUUCUGUCCAUUAUUUCUUAUCCAGCUUUUGCAGUGGAGGAUGUGAACCUCGUUAAUGCAACGAAAAAUGAAAUCAUAGCCAAACUACAAGGACGUUACGGCUGUUGUCGUUUCCUUCGUGAUGGUUAUAAAACACCAAAAGAGGAUCCAAACAGGUUACAUUAUGACCCGGCUGAGCUCAAGCUCUUUGAGAAAAUAGAAUGUGAGUGGCCAGUCUUCUGGACCUAUUUCCUAAUUGAUGGAAUCUUCAAUGGGGAGAAGAUUCAGGUACAAGAAUACAGAGAGGCCCUUGAAGGUGUACUUAUUAGAGAAAAGAAUGGCAUUCUUCUGGUGCCAGAGCUGUAUGCUGUCCCUCCUGAUAAGGUGGAUGAGGAGUAUAAAAAUCCUCACUCAGUGGAUCGUGUCCCAGUUGGAAAAUUGCCUCAUCUGUGGGGCCAGUCUUUAUAUAUCCUUGGUUGUUUGUUAGCAGAGGGAUUUCUAGCUCCAGGUGAAAUUGAUCCUGUAAAUAGGAGAUUUUCCACUUCUUUUCAACCUGAUGUUGUGGUACAAGUUACUGUUUUGGCAGAAUCCAAUGAAAUAAAGAAAAUCUUGAAGCACCAUGGAAUCAAUGUGCAGAGCAUUGCUGACAUCCACCCAAUGAGAGUACAGCCCGCACGAAUCCUGAGUAACCUGUAUACCAAGCUUGGGAGGAACAAGAACAUGAAAUUGAGUGGGCGACCAUACCGACACAUUGGUGUGCUUGGAACCUCCAAAUUGUACGUGAUAAGGAAUCAAAUAUUUACUUUUACCCCUCAGUUUACAGAUCAGCAUCAUUUCUACCUGGCUCUAGACAAUCGGAUGAUUGUGGAGAUGCUCAGAACAGAGCUGGCAUACCUCACCUCAUGUUGGAGGAUGACAGGAAGACCAACCCUGACUUUUCCCAUCACUCAUACAAUGCUCAUUGAUGAUGGUUCUGACAUUCAUCCAUCAGUUCUUGCCAGCGUAAGAAAAUUAGAGGAUGGAUAUUUUGGAGGGGCUAGGGUGAAGCUAGGCCAACUGUCAGAAUUUCUUACCACAUCAUUCCAUACGUAUUUGAGCUUCCUGGAUCCAGACUGUGAUGGAAAGCUCUUUGAUGAUCAUAGUGAAGACUAUUAUAGUUCUGAAAGUGGAUAUGAAUGUGAAGGCUAUCCAGAAGAUUUCUAUGAUAAAGAAAGCCAGGAUGAGCUGGACCAGUACAUCAAUGAUAUGCUGCAAAGUACAGCACUCAAGUCAUACCUGCCUCCACUCUCAAGGACUGCUGAUCACCCCCAUGUGUUCAGUGCUGGACAUUCCACGCAGGAGAUCUUGUCAAUCAUGGCCAAAGCAAAGGGGUUGGAUAUUCCAAAUGUUUCCAUGUCUCUCCCCACCAAAGUUUUAAACACUCACCGGAAAUCUCUCAAUCUAGUUGAUUCCCCACAUCCACUUAAAUUAAAGGAUCCUGAAGCUGUUUUACAUUUACCCAAAGAUGCUCAUGGUGAUUUGGAUUGUGAGAAAUUAGUUGAACAGUUGAAGGAGUGUCCAACACUACACGAUCAAGCAGAUAUAUUAUACAUCUUGUAUUUAAUGAAAGGUCCUGACUGGAAUACAGAGCUAAAUGGACAGUAUGGAGUCACUGUUCGUUGUCUGCUUAAUGAGCUCUACAGCAAGGCAGGCCUGAAUCAAGAGUGGGGUUUGAUCCGAUACAUUUCUGGCAUGCUAAAAAAGAAAGUGGAAGUCCUGGCUGAGGCUUGCACAGACCUCCUGUCGCACCACAAACAGCUCACCGUAGGCCUUCCGCCUGAGCCUCGAGAAAAAACCAUCACUACGCCUUUGUCACCUGAUGAGCUAACAAAUCUUAUUUACGAAGCCAGUGGACAAGACAUCAGUAUUGCAGUUCUUACACAGGAAAUAAUGGUGUAUUUAGCAAUGUAUGUUAGGUCACAGCCCAGCCUUUUUGCAGAGAUGCUCAGGCUCCGUAUUGGAUUAAUAAUUCAGGUGAUGGCCACUGAGCUGGCUCGGAGUCUAAACUGUUCAGGUGAAGAAGCUUCAGAAAGCUUAAUGAAUCUAAGCCCCUUUGAUAUGAAAAACCUUCUGCAUCAUAUUCUGAGUGGAAAAGAGUUUGGUGUGGAAAGAAGCAUGCGACCUCUAGAUUCCACUUCAUCCAGCCCUGCAAUUUCCAUUCAUGAAAUGGGCCACACUGGAGCAACUAAAACAGAGAGGAGUGGCAUUAAUAGACUAAAGAGUGAAAUGAAACAGUUCUUUUAUGGGGGCCAUUCCAUGACCAGCAGCAUACACGCUUCCAGGUCAACGAAGGGCAGUAGUCCAUCGUCUCCCACUAGUACUUCGUCCCUUACGGGGACUAGUGUAAAUAUCAGCUGGGAUGAUCGUCAAGGGCAGUGGCUCCGCAGAAGAAGGCUUGAUGGUGCCAUUAAUAGAGUUCCUGUUGGGUUCUAUCAAAAAGUCUGGAAAAUCCUUCAGAAGUGCCACGGGCUGUCCAUUGAUGGCUACGUUCUUCCUUCUUCAACUACGCAAGAGAUGACCCCUUGUGAAAUCAAGUUUGCUGUGCAUGUGGAGUCCGUGCUGAAUCAUGUACCCCAGCCUGAGUAUAGGCAGCUGCUGGUGGAAGCUAUUCUUGUUCUCACACUGCUGUCGGAUGUAGAUGUGUCUAGCAUUGGGGGCAUCAUCCAUGUGGAUCGAAUAGUGCAGAUGGCUAACGAUCUGUUUCUUCAGGACCAGAAAUCAUUUGGAGCAACCGAAGGCCUUCUGGAGCAAGACCUGGCCACAGGAAUAUGCCUCUUCUUCUACGACAGCGCUCCAAGUGGAGCGUAUGGAACAAUGACAUACCUAACAAAGGCUGUAGCCUCAUAUUUACAGGACUUCCUGCCUAGCACAGGCUGCCUGAUGCAAUAACUUAUACUACAAAAUGAGGGGAAACAGUAGAGCUGAAGAAGCUCUUUUUCCUUUCCCUAUUGGAAGUCGUUUUUGCAAUUACUGUCUGUGCACUACCUCAGCAGUAAACACCACUCAUCAGAACGUGUGAACACCAACCUGUAGGGAAAAGCCGAAGGUGAAAUCUGACCUGCUUGCAGGGAGUUUGAGAGACAAUACAAAUAAUGAGGCCUAUUCUACCCAAAAAGCACACACGCAGUUCAUAUUAAAUUGGUAGAACUGCACACCUAUGCCAAGGAGAAAAUAGAUCACAUUGAGGAUAAAAUGAGUAAACUGUAUCACUGGCAUAAAUCUUCCAGAACAAGGGAAAUGUAUUCUUCAGUAUAUUGGAUAGAUAAGUUUUCUUUGUGUGUCCUUAUGUUGAUGUUGCUGUGAAUGGCUAAAGCCUCCUUGGUUUGUUCAGUUUCCUGGGAUGUCCCAGCAUUGUGUCUAAUAGAGGUAGAACCUGAGUCUGAUCUGGUUGCAUCUCCAUGAGGAAAAUGUAGUAACCUUAGUUCGGUCAAGCACGAGAUCAGAGUUCUGGCUCUCCUUAAGUGGCAGCCUCUGUCUGACUAGAUUGCUGCUGACUUUCAUCCAACUGUAAUCUCAAAGUUGAGUUUUUCCAAAGCAACAGAUGCUUGUAAUAAUUCUGAGUAGAUGAAUAAAUAGCUACUUGUAGAUCCCAAAGGAACAUUUAUAUUCAGGCACCCUUUCUAAAUCCCUGUUUUUAAAAAAAAAAAAGCAGUCCACCAUAAAUGGCUUCACAGAUUAGAAAUACAUAAGUAUCCCCCUUCUAUAAAAUAAGAUGCAAAUUUAAUGAAAGGAGGGGUUGGAUAUUUGUUGAAUGUCCUUCAAGGAACCAUUUGUCUAAUUACCAAAUGCUGCCUAGAAGCUACUGCUGUGCUCCCUACUGGGCAGACUGCCCACUGAGUGUGUUUAGCUACGUACAACCACCGUGCUUCCUCCUCCGGCCUAACCCUAGGGCGUGGGCAAAGAAGAGGCAGCAAAGAUUCCCUUUGCGGGCUUCCAUUUAAGGCUGAGGCUUGCCCCUAGGGGAUUAACUACAUGCCUGUAGGCUGAAUGAGUAGCUGUUGGUUCUUGGCUAGAAGGAGAGGUGCAAUUCAGAGCAGAAUGAUAGCUUCAGAGGAGGCAGAUAAAGGUAUGAUUGAGUUGCUGCCAGUGCAAAGAGAUGGGUCAGAACAUGUCCUAUAUCAAAACGAGAUCAUGGACUAGUAUGUGAGGAUGGAAUUUCUCCCCUUUACUUCUAGGACCUGAAGGGGAGAACCCCUCCCCCUCAAAUAGUAAGGCAACUGUACUUUUAUUAAAAGAUUUUAUUGCCUUUAGAAUGGCACUUAGCAGUGAGCAUAAUUUUAAAUGUUUAUUUCUAAGUAGAAAAAUUGUUGGCAAGAACUGGGAAAUAAAACAGCCCAAAAAACCAAAGGAAUCCAAAAUCCCAUUCCCCACACCCUCCAGUCUCAACCAAGCUAGACAGCACGUGUCAGGUUCACCUUCCAUCCCACUCCCUCUGCCCCAAAUCUGUCUGUCCUGUAAGGAACUACAUCCUAUUACCACUGUAGCAGUGACCUUCUGAAGAGCUGCUUCCCUGUGGGCAGGCAAGAGGGAAGCAUUCAGUGUUAGAGGUACAAGAGUUGUCCCUUCCCAAGGGGCACGAAUUUCUCAAAGAGCCACGAGUAUUUGGCCAUUUAAGAAGGGUGAGGACAAGCAUCCAUUCCAGAUCAUACAUGUACCUGAGCACGUUUAUUAUCCAGCCACAGGAAUUGUGGUUCUGUAUUAUUAUGGGUGGGGCAUGGGGUGGAGAUGUGCCUAUCAUUAUGUCAUUGUUUGAUUUUGGUUUUUUUAUACUUGUGCUGAGAGAUCAAUUAGCUUCAUGGUCUAAGUUCAUGGGGGGAAAAAAACCUUCCUCCACUUUUAAGUAGGACAAGCUUCAAAUUCAAUUAGUAUGCUGCGUGUUUGCUCGUGUAUAAGAGACUUACAGGUACUUAUUUUCUGAGGUUUCAAAUAAAGAUCCAGAAAUUUCUGUGA